GACUACCUCUCUCUCUCUCUCUCUCUCUCUCUCUCUCUCUGUCUCUGGCCUCGACGGUGACGCCGUAAUUGGCAUUGAGUUGGAGCAGCAGUAAUGACAACCAGAAUAUGCGUUGCGAUUCGAUCUUUUGAUAAACACCCCUUGGGACUUCCAGCUUGCGCGCGGAGGGUUCGGUUGCCUGACACACGAGUGUUAUAUACUGUGCUACGAUCGCCUCAUGUUGAUAAGAAAUCCAGAGAGCAGUUUCAUAUGAUAACCAAAAAGCAACUUCUGGUCAUAGACACAAAAGCAAAUGAGUUGCAGAAGAAGUUCUUUUGGUUGAAACGCCAGCGUAUACUUGGAGCUCAGUAUGAAAUUAUAUUCAAUACCAAGACCCGUUUGGAUAAGGGAAAGCUCCAGACUUUGCUUAAUAAGGAAACUGAAACGACUCCUACAGCAGAAUUGGGGUUGAAGUCUAUAAUUUCCAGUUGAAAAGGUGUCUCAUUGUACACACCAUCAAUUGUGUAGAAGUUGACGGCAAUGGUCAGAUUUAUCAUUGGAGAAGUCGUCAGUUUGCCUCAUAGAUCUAAUGAUGAUACCAAAGGAUUUCAGUCAUUUCAUGAGAAUUUAGUUGCAAGGAACAUUAAUUAUUAUAUGUUUGUAGACUUAGCGAAUGGGUGGUUAGUUUUUAUGUAAAACAACUUUUUUCGCUUCCAUGAAAUAAGGUAAGCAUCAGCAUUGCAAUAGCCUUGUCAGCCAGAGCGUUGAAAAUGAUGUCUGCAACUCAUAUUCACAUGUUAAAUUAAUUGUCAUACUAUGUGGUCAUGCCAAAGUUAGUAAGAAAGAGAUGAUGAACAAAUCAUGUGAUUGAAUUGAUUGUGAAUUUACGAUGCUCAUCCUAUCGUUGAUUACAUAUUAUUUACCA